AUGUCGCUCAACGACACCCUUAGUUUGGGUGGAAAUACAACGGCUGCGAGCCAGAAGAAUGGCCAGAGUGCCGGCCAAUUUGCGGCUUCCCUGGUUACCGCCAUCGCUGUCUUUGCAGUUGAAGUUGGGCUCUUCCUCCUCAUAAAAGACCGGUUUGCAAGAAUAUACCAGCCAAGGACAUACCUGGUGCCUGAGAGGGAGCGUACCAAACCGAUACCGCCCGGUUGGUGGGCGUGGGUGAAACCAGUCUUGACCACCAGCAACUCCGAGUUCGUGCAAAGAUGUGGCCUCGAUGCAUACUUCUUUCUCCGGUACCUCCGUACCCUCCUCAAGAUCUUUGUGCCCGCAGCCAUGGUCAUUUUGCCCAUCUUGAUACCACUGAACCUGGUGGACGGACGAGGUGCGCGAUGGGCCACUGGCCGGCACGAAAAUGCAACGAAUGUUACAGGUCUAGACCAGCUGGCCUGGGGAAAUGUAGCGCCUAACCAUACCGGACGGUACUGGGCUCACUGGCUUCUUGCCUUGGGAUUGAUCGUUUGGGUGUGCUAUCUGUCCUUCGACGAAUUGCGCAACUACAUACGUAUGCGACAGGCAUACCUGACUUCUCCUCAACAUCGCCUCCGUGCUUCUGCGACGACUGUGCUUGUCAGUUCCAUCCCUCGGAAAUGGUGCACUGUCGAGGCUCUCGAUGGUCUUUAUGAUGUUUUCCCAGGCGGCGUCAGGAAUAUCUGGAUCAAUAGAAACUUUGACGAACUCAGUGACAAGAUUAAGAAACGUGAUAAGCUCGCGGCCACACUGGAAGCGGCGGAGACAGGGCUUAUCCGGAAAUGCUUCAAGAAGAAUGAAAAGAACAUUGCUAAAGCCGAAAAAGAAGCCGGCAAAAAGCUAUCAAAAGAGGAGAAGAAAUUGAGGGCCACCAUCAGAGAUGAGGCCGGCGAUCAAGCAGCCCAUGGACACGGUGUCAGUACGGGGAACCCACAUCAAGUCCAACAUAAUAUUCGCGAAGCCCUCGAUGGCCCGGCCGAUAAUGAUUCCUCGUCUACUUCCUCCUCCGACUCCGAACCAGAAGAUCAACAACGCGGAAAACAUGUCCUCCCCAUCCCGAUACUUGGAGAUGGCAUCUCAGCUGUUACGCAUGGUUUAGGCAAAGCUGGGAACCGACUUUGGGGAGGCAUUCGAGGAGUCAACGAGGGCGUAAACCACACCAUCGACCGCACCGGCGGUUUCGUUCCGGCGGCUGGUGCCGAAGCAAAAGAUCCGGGCAGAAAUUCUGGCGAACAGCCGGAGACCAAAGAAGAACCACAGCCCCAAGAGCCUAGCACACCACCCAGACCCACUCGGCAGCCCACAGGCAAACGCAAACCAUCAGACAAAGAUGCCUUUGCAAGGGCACAGGAUGGAAGGCGUGGUCAUGGAGGCGUCACAGCUACGGCCGAUGGGAAUUUUGACCUAGGUAGCCCUCUCUCUCAAUCUAGUACGAAGGGAGAUGAGAAGACCCGGCCGGAAAAGUCGCUUAGCACAUUUCAAAAGCUCAAGAAAGCGAUAGGGCUCGGUUCUGAAGAAAAGAAAGAACCGGUCGAUUAUCCAGAAGCUUUUGAGUGGAAUUUCGAACAUGACCCAGACGAUGCCGUUUGGCGACGCUAUCUUUCCGACAAGGAUCGCGACACCAUGAGACUUCCAAUCUUCGGCUGGCAAUGGAUGCCUUCGCUACCCCUUUUGGGAGAGAAGGUCGAUACUAUCCGCUAUUGCCGUAAAGAGGUGGCACGACUCAAUGUCGAGAUCGAAGAUGAUCAGGCUCACCCAGAACGGUUUCCGCUAAUGAAUUCUGCCUUUAUCCAAUUCAACCAUCAGGUAGCCGCCCACAUGGCCUGUCAAACGGUCAGUCAUCACUUGCCCAAGCAGAUGGCUCCUCGUCUGGUGGAGAUUGACCCGAACGAUGUCAUUUGGGAUAAUAUGUCGAUUCCGUGGUGGUCAGCCUAUAUCCGAACUUUUGGAGUUGUUGUCAUAGUUGUGGGUAUGAUCCUGCUCUGGGCCAUCCCUGUUGCCUUCACUUCUGCACUAUCGCAGCUGGAGACGGCCGCCAAAACAUGGAGUUGGCUUCACUGGGUCUUGGAUAUUCCUGCCUGGUUCAGAAGUGUCCUUCAGGGUGUUUUGCCGGCGGCUCUGCUGGGUCUGCUGAUGUUCCUGCUGCCUCUGAUCCUUCGGUUUCUCGUACGAACCCAAGGGACUCAAUCUGGAAUGCUCGUGGAGCUUUCGGUUCAGCGGUACUACUUCUGCUUUCUAUUCGUCCAACUGUUCUUGGUCGUCUCGAUUGCAUCUGCGUUGACCCAGUUCUUUGCCCUGUUCACGAGUGUGGAUGGCUGGACUAGUGUUCCAACCCUACUGGGCACCAACAUCCCGAAAGCAAGCAACUAUUUCUUCUCAUACAUGCUACUCCAGGCCAUGUCGGUGAGCGCUGGAGCGCUGGUGCAGGUGGGCUCACUUAUUGGGUGGUUCAUUCUUGCUCCUCUCUUGGACAGCACAGCGCGAGCCAAGUUCAAGCGACAAACUGAGUUGUCCAACAUCAAGUGGGGUACUUUCUUCCCAGUGUACACCAACUUGGCUUGCAUCGGUCUGAUCUACUCCGUCAUAUCGCCGCUGAUUCUGCUAUUUAACAUCGUGACCUUCUCCCUAUUCUGGUUUGUCUACCGAUACAACACUCUCUACGUGACUCGGUUCACCCGCGACACCGGUGGACUGCUAUACCCUAAUGCCAUUAAUUACACCUUCGUGGGAGUCUAUGUCAUGGAAGUGGCUUUGAUCGGCAUGUUCUUCCUUGUCCGGGACGACCAAGGAAAUGUUGCCUGCACAGGUCAAGCAAUUGGCAUGAUUGUCAUCCUCAUUUUGACCGCAGGAUAUCAAUUCCUCCUGAACAAUGCGUUCAGUCCAUUAUUCCGAUACUUGCCCAUCACACUCGAGGACGAUGCCGUCCGCCGGGACGAGGAGUUUGCCCGGGCGAUGCAGAAGAAGCACGGACUCAUUGAUAACGAGAAUGAGCAAGAGCCUCUCGAAGACCAACUGGAGCGUAACGAGCGACGGGAACUGGAAGAAGAUCGAGAGGCGGAGGAAUAUGAGCUGCAGCGAAUCGAGCGGGAACGGAAAGAACGACAACGGCAAUCACAUGAGCCCGAACAACACUUGCAGCUGCAAAACCCCGAGAUCACCAUGGACCUGGAUAAGGAAAGUAAAGGGUUACGAAUGGUAAAAGCCGCAGCGGCCAAGACGGCCGGAACGACCAAGAACCUUGUCCCACGGACCCUUUCUCGAAAGGAACACCGCAAAUCCUGGGCAGACCGAGACGACGCGCGGAACCGAAAAGCCGCCAACUUCGGCGGCGAGUACGACGAAGCGACCGAGGGUCAGACGGCGUACCCGACGGAAGAGCGCGGCCGUGGCCGUAGUGGCGCGACCUCACACGGAGGACGGUAUCUAUCGCCGCCACGCGACGUGCUGAACAAACUCAACAACUUCAACCCGUUGACCGGCACGGAAAAGGACGUAGAAGCCCAGCGAGCGGCACGCAACGAAUUGGCCGACGCGCUCUUUGGCGGCGUCCACGACGAACUCGAGGACCUCACGCCCGAAGAACGCGACAAGUUGGUCCAGCGGGCCUUUCAGCAUAGUGCGCUCCGGGCCCGGCGGCCCGUCAUCUGGCUGCCGCGCGACGACUUGGGCGUUAGUGACGACGAAGUCCACCGCAUGGGCCGCUUCAGCAGCCAUCUCUGGGUCAGCAACGUCAGGCAGGGCCUCGAUUCAAAGGGCCGUUGCGUGUAUAGUGGUGCACCGCCGGACUUUAGCGAGGUCGAUUUGAUCCAGCUUUAG